AUGUCGUCGAGUUCGUCAAACGUCGUCGGUGUGCAUUACCGGGUCGGGAAGAAGAUCGGUGAAGGCUCCUUUGGCGUCAUCUUCGAAGGCACAAACCUCCUCAACAACCAGCAGGUCGCCAUCAAGUUUGAACCCCGGAAGAGUGAUGCCCCACAGCUUAGAGAUGAGUACCGGACAUACAAGAUACUCGUUGGAUGCCCCGGUAUCCCCAAUGUCUACUACUUUGGCCAGGAAGGUCUACACAACAUCCUUGUCAUUGACCUGCUUGGACCCAGCUUGGAAGACCUCUUCGAUCACUGUAACCGCAGAUUCUCCAUCAAGACAGUCGUCAUGGUUGCAAAGCAGAUGCUGUCGCGAGUACAAACUAUACAUGAGAAAAACCUCAUCUACCGUGAUAUCAAACCUGACAACUUUCUAAUUGGCCGGCCGAACUCAAAGGCCAGCAAUGUCAUACAUGUCGUUGACUUCGGCAUGGCUAAACAGUACCGAGAUCCCAAGACCAAACAGCACAUCCCCUACCGAGAGAGAAAGUCCCUAUCAGGUACUGCUCGGUACAUGAGUAUCAACACCCACUUGGGCAGAGAGCAGUCACGUCGUGACGAUCUCGAAGCCCUCGGCCAUGUGUUCAUGUAUUUCCUACGUGGUGGUCUACCAUGGCAGGGACUCAAGGCUGCUACUAACAAGCAGAAGUACGAAAAGAUCGGAGAGAAGAAACAGACCACCGUCAUCAAGGAUCUUUGCGAAGGCUUCCCUGAGGAGUUCACCAAAUACCUCACGUACGUCCGAAACCUCGGGUUCGAGGACACACCCGAUUACGAUUAUCUACGUGACCUUUUCACCCAGGCUCUCAAGAAUACGGGAGAUGUAGAGGAUGGAGAGUACGACUGGAUGAAGCUUAAUGGAGGCAAGGGUUGGGAGGCGGCAAAGCCAUACUCAUCUCACCACCACCUGCACGGCGCCAAUGCUCUGCCUAACAGCUCUGCCCGUGACCUCCAUGGUUCUGCAGCCCCCCGAGCAUCCCAUCGGCCUGGUGUCACCGCUGACCGUUUAAACGCCGCGCAGCCCCCGCCCCCUUCUCCUGCAAAAGCCGGAGUUGGGAAAGCGCGAGAGCGGCCAAACGCCUCAGGCGUGCCGCAAGUCAAACGUCAAAACGGAGUGGCGGGGGGACUCGAGGCUACGACGCCUACAGCUUCGACACAAGCUCAAUUCCAAAACUCUAACGUACAUCUUCCCGGAAAUCGAGUCAACACCCCAGGGAACCAGGCCAUGACGAGUCAGGCACAACAACCGCGAAGGGCUCCAGAACCAGAGCCUACGUUUAUGCAGAAGAUAAUGAAGGCGUUGUGUUGUGCUAAGAUGAUGCGCUUGUCAAGGUUGAUCGCGGGGAUGCAUUCUCUCUCAUGCACCACUCAGCACCUCUAUAUUUCCUUCAACCUCUCUGACCUCUUUUUUUUUGGACCGAUGCGAACGACCUGGUCUUUACUUCUCUCUGCCAUUCUCGGCCCAGGGAAAGUUCUCGUUACAACUAACCAUGGGUAUCUCGGGCCUUCUUCUCCACUCCAAUCCGUUUUAUACCGGGUACAGCUGAUUCUUUUGCUGCUGCGAUGCUCGCCUUCCGAUCGUUACCUGUUCCUGCCAUGGUGCCUGCACUCUCUUACCACCACUCGACAACUAUUUCUAAUUUUAUAUGCCGUCCCUCCAUAUCCCGCCUGGCUCUCUCUCUCUCACACAUACACAUGCUCCUCUUGA